CCUCUUUCAAGCGACAUUGUCUCCCGUAAUGAUAAACUGACUCAUUACACCCCGACGACAAAGACCAACGUCGGUCAAACGAACCAGUCAAGAAACCGCGUAGAAAUGCCAGCGCGAAGACAGAUCCACGAGACCAAGCCACGUGAAAUUGGUGAAUCAUACGAAAAUGUAUAUUUUCGCACGUUAUCUCAGGACUUUGAAGAAUUGAACAGAUCACGACUUUCAGGUAGAAAACGAAUGGUGGUAUUCAAUGAUAAGAACGACAAGUACCAUGCCAAACAACACGAGGAAAAGCAUUCGGAAGGUUUACCAUUUAAAUCCUAUAGUAAUAUCGAUUGCAACCAAGGAAACAUUCAGAAUUUACAUCGUGGAAAGUUUUCUAUCACAGGAAACGAUGAGAACCACUCACAAAUGGCAUACCACUCAGAUUCAAUAACUCCAGGAGUGCGUGCAGGAAAGAUCCGAGUUCGAGGUGAAAUAGCGAAUGCAGAUAGCUGGAUGAGAAUGGAGCCAGACGUAGAAUGUGGAGAUGAGUCUAUGACCCUCACUGUCAGAGGGAGACGAGCCCUACAUCUGUUAGUAGACAGAGCGAAUGCCUCUGCUGUCCCCCUGGCCCAACUACCCUCUCAAUGUGGCUACUCCGUAGAGUCAACCUGGCGAGACUUGACGUUUGUGGUACCUUAUAAUGCCUGUCACGUCAACCAAGAAGUGGAUGGUAGUUAUGUGUUGCCUCUGAUCUGGAGAGGGACCCCUGUGAAGAUGUCCUGCCCAAUGUCCCAGGCCCUGGCCCCCUCCUCCCUCUGCUGCUCAUCUCAGGGAAUGACUGUCAGACUGCAAGUUCAUGGAGCCGAAGAGGAGCUCAGAGUCAAGGUUAGAGGAAAAUGGUUGCCACUGCUUUCGCUGGCCCUGCAGUGUGGCUUCAGUAUGGACAGGCAACAUGGAGAGCUGCUCAUAUCUGCACCCUUCACUGCCUGUGGGAUCACAUCAAAGGAUGGAAAAUACACUCUCUCUCUUCAAAUAGGAGAGAAAGCCGUCACACUGGCCUGUCCUUCUUCUCUGCCUGUCCAAGUAACACAACCCUUCCGACCUGCAGCAGAUUUCCCCCAUUAUGUAACUAUGGGCCCAACAAGCUCAGUUUCCUCAACCCUGCUGUCUAACCCUUUUUCCAUAACCCUGUCUUACCCAGUGCUUCACCCAUCCUUCCCAUUUAAUCCCCUGCCCACAUUGCCCCCUGAUCAGCCUCCCAGCCCUGGUAUCCAUGUUGCUUCUCCCUUGACUACAGGCCCCUCUGUCCAUCCUCCCCUGGCUCAGCGUCUUCAGGCCUACCCAUUCUCUCAGUAUUACUACCUCCACACGAUGCCCCUCAGUGAGUCAUACCAGUCACCCCUCUCCUCUAGUCCCCCCUCUCAACUCCCAAGUACAGGCCCCACUGAGUCGAAGCCAGGCCACACUCCUGUCCCAAGCCACCCCAACUACAAUAACCCCCAUGUUACUCAGUAUUCUUCCACUACAGCUGGUCAUCCAGUUCACUCUGAAGCUCCCACUCUCCGACCCCCUGAGUAUACUCACCACCCAUACUACCACAACUACCAUCACCCCAACAUCCCUAUGCUUGAGCCACCUCAAGGGCCCAGUCCUGGUGCCAAGACGGGUACUUCCACCAAUGGUCCUCAGGUUGAACCACCUGCCCCUCACAACCUUAACCCGAUCUUCCGGGUGUUUCCGCACUACUACCUCUACCACCCCAAAGUGCCUCCCUAUAACCCACCCCAACACCCUCAGCCUGUUACCCCUGCCUCUCACUCCUCUACUCUCCCGGUUAGCAGUUCACAAACACACCGUAGAACUCCUGUUCCUCAUGUGCCUCACCCUCCACCCUAUCCUCACUACUACACCCCACAAACACCCAGUGGUGAAGUCAAGAGAUCCCAUCACCCUGAUAACCCUUUUAUUAAUCUUCAACCUUUGAAACCUAUCACUUCCCCUAACUCAUCUCCCACUUUAAUAGAGGUCCCAUUCUACCAAUACACUCUUAAUUUUCCCUACAAGCCUCCACCGAUCCAGAAACAUAGACUUGGUCUCCAGACCAACAAUCCCUCUAGACCCAUGGACGAACAUCCUCCAGUUGUCCCAUCUCCCCCUGCGUCGUCUCCUGAUCAAAGUGGAAAGUCACACCCUCAUGGUCACCUGAAAUGGCCUGCACAACAACAGCCCUCCAAUUCACACACAGCCCAGAGCCUGUCUACUAGUUCUACCUCUGUUGCCCGUGCUGCAACCCAACCUCUUCUCUUUCCAAACUUCCCCCCAUUGUACUACCCUAAUCUGAAAUCACCCAUCAGCAACCCUCAACAAGAACAAAACCCUGUUACUGUCCUCCCCACUGCUCCGCCUGCAUCCUCUUCAACCUCUACUCCAGCAUCUGGCCAUCCAGUUUAUCCACACUACUACGAUCACCCAUAUUAUUACUACUCAAUGCCUUAUGAUCCAUACAGAUUACCCCAACCUGUUGAUCAUGCAUUUUCUGCCCCAUCUAAAGGAGCUCCGACUCCUCCAUCUCAGACCUCUGCUCCUCACACUAUGGAGACUUCUCCCCAACUAGCCCUCCCAUAUGACUACGCCCAGGCCAAAAUGCCUAUCCAGAUUACUACCCAACCUCUGCCUACUCCUCCUGCCACUAACAGUCCUCAAACCUCCACUCCAACCCCAGAAACUACAACUCCUGAAAUCCCACCUUUUCCCUUUGACCCUUACUACUACUACCAUCCUGGAAUGUCCAUCUACGACCAGGACCAAAGCUAUGAUCCCAGUACACACGCCGAAAAGACAUCAGGGGCUCAAGCUCCCCUAGAUUCUGACCAUUAUAGAAGAAGCUUUGCCCGCACUCCUUUGGCGAGUCCAACCCAGGCACCCCAUCCUACCAACCCCACUCAUAACCCCUCACCCCAUCACAUCAUUCAUCCACAACCUUCAACCAUUCCUUCCCCUCAUCGUCCCAACCCAGGGCCCCCUGGAGAUCUGUCAGACCCAGUGAUGAAAGAGUGUACAUUGGGGCGUCAAUUUGUCUUUGCCGUCCCUGGCUCUCUGGUGGACCCCACGGUCUCCCUUCCCCCUCUACCUGCGGACAGCCAUGUGUCCUGUACCCCCCAGAGGAUGACCUCUGACCUGUACAGUGUACCCCUGGAUGGCUGUGGAGUGCACAGAUACGAGGAUGGUCAGGCCAUGGUCCACUUGUUGGAGUUCACCGCUCUACUUUCCACACAACAUAAACACAGCACCACGUCUGAAGACUCACCUGUCCGGUUGAUGGUGGAGUGCAGGUCUUUUCCUGGUUCUCCCGGAAGGGUGAGGUACCAGGUGAUGAACACCACCCCUAGCCCCCCUGUCCCCACUAAGGGUUCAUUGGCUGUCCAGCUACGAAUUGCUACAGAUGAGCACUACAGCAGCUUCUACUCAGAGAAACAUCGACCACUCAGUCUACUUCAGGGGCGACCUUUGCACCUGGAAGUGGGUCUGCUGAGCCCCCCAGGCAUGGACCCUGGCCUGGUGCUCCUGGUGCACUACUGUCUGGCCUACCCAGACACACCACGGGCCCGCUGGCUGCUCAUCUAUGAUGGCUGUCCCAGCCGUGGUGACUCCCAGGCCCCUCCCCCACCUGCCCAACCCCGUCACACCCGGAGGCUCACAAUCACCACCUUCCAGUCUUUACCCACAGGAAGUCCCUCCCACCUGGAGGACCAGGAGGUCUGUUUCAGCCAAUGGUGUCAUAUUAUAGACAGUUUGAUACAGUACUGUCUGAUCAGUGCAUUUGAAUGUGUUGUCCUGUCCUCAUCCACAACAGAUCUACUUCAUGUGCUCCCCAUCAGACGGGGACUGUAUUGAGGGCUGCUUCAGUUUAGAGUUGAAUUAACACUCCUAUAAUGGUUUGGACAAUUGUGAGCACAAGGUAGAAGUAUAAACCAUCCAUUUCUUGAAAUUACUAAAAUGUACUGUAUUAAUACUGUAGUGCUCAAAUGUACGUGUUUCUUAGUGUUCAACUUGACACUCGUAUGUUACAUCAACUGUUAUUCAUUUGUAGGACCAAAGCUGGACAACUGAACAAAUUAAUAAAUAUACA